AUGACUCAAAACGCAUCCCUCACGCACACAAGGCUUCCCACCAAACUCCGCCAUAACUUUGUCCUCAACCCCAUCACGGCCCUCGCCUUCUACCAGUCUCCCAAUUCUCGCAUCUUCCUCCUCGCCGCCGAAGAUACCUAUCUGAAAAUCUACGACGUCGCCACCUCCCGCCUCGUUUCCCAGAUCAAAGUCUUUUACUCGCAGCCUAUUCACGGUCUGUAUGUCUCACCUUCACCUUCACCUUCGACAACACCAAAACCAGCAGGGACAACAACAGGCCAGGAUGAGGAUGACGUUGAGGAUGAGGAUGAGGAGCCGCGGGUGUUGAUCUGGGGCGCGAAUUCCGUGGCGGUUAUUUCUCAGGGGACAGUGGAUCAGCUCGUCAAAGGACAUGGGGGUAGUGGGGUGGAACUGAGAGAGGAGAAGGCAGGUGAUUGGAUAUAUGAUGGGAUUUUGUUUCCUGCGGAAAGGAAGCGAGGAGCGGAAGGAAAAGAGGGAGGGAAGAGGAGAGUGCAAGGGGCGUUGGUGACUGCUCAUAAUGAGGUUGUUCCGCUUUUGAUUGGGGGGGACGGAGAGGUUACGUUUGGCCCGCUCACCUCGCCUUCACGACCGAUUUUGUAUUCGGCGAAUCUGUGUUUGUUGGAUGACGAGACAGUUCUGGUGGCGGGGGGUACGGUGUUUGGAGAGAUUGUUGUCUGGAAGUAUUUUCUCGAUGGGAGCGGGGAGGGUAGAGGCAAAAAGUUUGAAGUCCUCUACGUCUUUACCGGCCACGAGGGGUCCAUCUUUGGGGUUUCCAUCUCGCCGGAGAUUUCCCUUUCUAAUGGCGGUCAAAAGAUCAGACUGCUAGCCAGCUGCAGCGAUGAUCGGACGGUGCGGAUAUGGGAUAUCACCAAUUCGCCGACCAGGGGUACCUCUAUUCUUACAGAUGGUUCUGGAGAAAAUGAUCACUCAAAGAGAUGUACAUUGGCAGAAGCGAGAGAAACAGGGUUCGGAGGCAGCAACAACUCGGAAGUCAAAGUCGAAAACCAAAACGACAAGGCGAGAUGUCUUGCUGUGGCUAUGGGUCACGUAUCGAGGAUUUGGCAGGUGCGGUUUACGGGAAGGACGCAACAUGGGGAUGGAAGUCCGAUUGAGAUCCACUCGUUCGGUGAGGAUGCGACGAGACAGAGGUGGGAGUUAACGCUGGAUCAGGCAAAGUGGAAGGAGGCGCUGGAGAGGGGGUACAGUGGUGAACAAGACAUUGCUGGGUCGUUUGGCAUGCUGAAGAACUGCGGUAUUGUCAGUUGUCAUAAUGGCAAGAAUAUGUGGUCGACGGCGGUGUCGGGGGGUGAUGGACUGCCGACUUUGAUUGCAACGGGUGGAGCAGAUGGGAAGAUUACGAUGGCUGGUGAUCAGGCGGUCGGAAAUGGGGAGCAAGCGUAUAGGGAUAUUGACGUUACGCUUACGGUCGAGGAUGUCAUGAGGGUUGCUGAGGGGGUUGAAGAGGACUCGACUGCACCGGUGGAAGGACAAAAGAAGAACACGGUCAAGAACGGGUUCCAGCGGUAUGCGUUUCUGUCAGAAAAUACGCUUCUCGCUACGACGUCGUCUGGAAGGCUCUUGCACGGGACGAUAGGCGAGGGUCUGACAUGGAAGAAUGUUCACCUUUCGGAGACCGUCCUCGCGGACCUCAAGUCCUACUACGUCGUCAAGAGCCCAGUUCAGGGGACCGCUAUCCUCGGUAGUUCCAGUGGUAAAGUCUACCUCUUCCUCGAGGACGGCCACCAAGUCAAAGAACUCCACACCUUCCCCGGCAAGAUCUCCGAUAUCCUCCUCAUCGAAGGCGCUCAAGAGACCCUCCACAAAGACCAGCCCGGUGCCUGGACAGUCAUCAUCACCGUCCUCGGCCUCGACCACGCCCUUCUCAUGACUUUCGACCCCUCCACCUCCUCCGUCACCGUCGACCCGCGCAAGAUCUACCUCUCCAGCGACGACGUAUCCCCCUUCAUUGCCACGGCCGCCGCCUUUUGCGGUUCCAAACUGAUCCUCGGCUCGCGCGUCGGUGCUGUGGCUGUCUACAAAUCGACACCUGACGCUUACACCCUCGAUUACUCCCGCAAGGACGCGCGCACCAAGGAUGCAGUGACCUGCAUCGUUCCGCUACCGGGUAGUUCGACCUCUUUUCUGACUGGCUGCCGCGAUGGUCGAUACAGGAUAUACACCCUCACCUCUACCUCUGAGUCGGCCACACUGCACCUCCAACACGAAAUCUCCCCUCCCCUCGGCAUGAUUGAAGGCGCCCACUUCACUCCCUCCUCAUCUGGACUCGAUUUGAUCAUCCACGGCUUCCGCGGCAAGAACUUUGUCGUCUGGAGCGAGUCCACCCGUCAAGAGCUCACCACUGUCGAAUGCGGCGGCGGUCACCGGGCCUUUGACGUCGUCUUUCCCUCUUCUUCUUCUUCUUCUUCUUCUUCUGGUGGCUCUCCCGGCCCAUUACGAUUCAUCUUCACCAAAGCCUCUGCUCUGCGGUUCUACAGCCAAUCGUCCCCUCCUUUACGCACCCUGAAAGAGGGCGGUCACGGUCGCGAGUUACGGGCCGUCGCUGCUUCUGUUUCUUCAUCCUCAGGGGAAGUAGGGCGGUACGUAGCUACUGCUGCGGAGGAUACCACCAUUCGUCUGUGGCAGUAUCGGGACUCAUCUGCCCCUGCUGGGAAAGAAAAAACAGAAAGGGGAUUCAAACCGCUCGCGAUCCUGGAGAAGCAUAGUGCUGGUAUCCAAGCCAUGAAGUGGUUUGGCGAGUCACACUUGUUGAGUAGUGCGGGGAAUGAAGAGUUUUUUGUGUGGAGGAUUACUAGAUUGGAAUCGGAGUACGAGACGUUGGCGGUGGUUUGCGAGAGCAAGUACCCGGAUCGGUCGGCGGAUGGGGAUUUAAGGAUUGUGGACUUUGAUGUCCAGCGUUAUGGAUCACAAGGAGAGGAAAAGAUGCUUAUCAGCUUGGCAUUGAGUAACUCGACGCUGAAAAGCUACCUCUACUCGACUGAGACUCAACAGUGGAAGUUGCUUGCCCAAGGCCGGUACACGGGUGCUUGUCUGACGCAGAUCCGGCACUUGCGCGUCGCUGACGCUGGCAAGGAUAUUCAGGUCCUGACUGCUUCGACGGACGGUCAUGUUGCUGUUUGGUCUACUACUUUGGGUUCCGCUACCGAGACCGAGACGGAAAAGGCAGAGUACCAGAUGGUUACCCUCGCCAAGGUCCAUCAGAGCAGUAUCAAGGGCCUUGAUCUCUCGUCGUCAUCAUCAGGCCAGAGCUGGCUGGUCAUUACAGGCGGCGACGACAACGCCGUCCACUUUACGAACCUGCAGUAUUCUGCUGAUGAUAAGACGUACAAGGUGUUGAGCAGGUCGAGAGUCAAGGAUGCGCAUGCUGCUGGUGUGACGGGCAUUUGUACCGUUAGGGAGGAGGAGGGGGAAGCAGUGGAGGUGGCUAGUGUUAGCAAUGACCAGCGAGUGAAGCUUUGGCGGGCGGUUUGGCAGGAGGGAAGUGAGCAGCCGGUCAAGGUGACGCUGUUGGAUAAUCAGUAUAGCUCGGUGGCGGAUGCUGGGGAUGUGGAGGUGAUCAAGGAGGGGAGGGUGAUGGUUGGGGGAGUGGGCAUGGAGGUUUGGGAUUUUGGUGGUUAGAAGGUGUGAGUUGGUUUAGACAAAAGGGUAUAUAGAGUAUUGUUGUUAUUGAGCAAUGUUGCAAAGUACAUGAUUUAAGG